AUGGCGAGCUAUUCCGCCAUCCGCACCGAUCUCGAUGAGCCCGGCCAAGGCAGUCGACCAGCGAGCGCAGCAUCUUCGCGAGGCCCUCGCUCACGGCGGAAUAGCCGCGCAAAGAAAGAUGUUGGGAUUGUGGGCAACGCCAGCUGGCUCAGCAGCGUCAUCAACCUGGUCAAUACCAUCAUCGGCGCCGGCAUGCUGGCCAUGCCACAUGCGAUGCGCCAGAUGGGUAUCGUCCUCGGCUGCUUCAUCAUCGCCUGGGCAGGCGUCACGGCAGGCUUCGGCCUCUACCUCCAGGCACGUUGCGCCAAAUACCUCGACCGCGGCAGCGCGUCUUUCGCAGCACUAUCGCAGAUAACAUACCCGAACGCAUCGGUCGUGUUCGACGCGGCAAUCGCCUUGAAGUGCUUCGGGGUCGGCGUUAGCUAUCUGAUUAUAAUCGGAGAUUUGAUGCCAGGAGUAGUAAGAGGGUUCAGCAGCGGCGGAGGCGUCAGCGCUGGGUUCCUGCUAGAGAGGCAGUUUUGGAUAACGGCGUUCAUGCUCAUCGUCAUUCCCUUGUCAUUCUUGCGGCGACUGGACUCGCUCAAAUACACGAGUGUUAUCGCCCUGGUUUCCAUCGGCUACUUGGUCAUUCUCGUUCUUUAUCAUUUCUUCAAAGGGGACACCCUAGAGGAGCGCGGCGAUGUGCGAGUGUUCAAAUGGGCUGGACCUGUUGAGACUCUCGCUGCGUUUCCCGUCAUUGUGUUUGCGUAUACUUGCCACCAGAAUAUGUUCUCCAUUCUCAACGAAAUCAACAACAACUCUCACUUCCGCACCGCUUUGGUCGUCGUCUUCAGCGUUGGCAUUUCUGGUCUGCUCUACAUCCUUGUCGCAAUAACCGGAUACUUGUCUUACGGCGAUAAUAUCGGCGGAAACAUUGUGAACAUGUACCCACCUUCUGCAGCCGCUACCAUAGGCCGCUUCGCAAUCGUGAUUCUAGUCAUGUUCUCCUACCCCCUUCAAGUCCACCCAUGCCGCGCCUCCGUCGACGCGGUCCUCAACUGGCGGCCGAGGCGCAGUUCAUCACCAUCAAGCACCGGCAGCUCGUCGUCAUCGCGCAGCGCUCCUUUACUGGGCGCUAAGAAGCCUGGAUCUGCACCUCAAGCAGUGCCGAUGAGCGACAUCCGCUUCGCGGUGCUCACGACCCUCAUAAUAAUCGCCAGCUUCAUCGUCGCCAUGACGGUUUCGUCUUUGGAGAAGGUUCUCGCGUACGUCGGGUCGACAGGUAGCACGACUAUCAGUUUCAUUCUUCCCGGCUUGUUCUACUAUAAGAUAUCCUCGCCGGACUCGCCACAUCAUCAGCGCCUCCUCAAAGAGGACGACGAUGAGGAGUAUGGUGAUGACGACAACGAUGACUCGACUAUUACGGGCAGUCCUGGAUCGAAAUUCAGUUCAAGGAGUUGGCGAUUGAAGCUGUUAAGAAGGUUGAGUAUGGCACUCGCUGUAUAUGGGAUAGUAGUCAUGAUUGUUUGUUUGGGCACGAACACGUUUUUGGUUGCGGCGCAUUAG